AUUACAGUUCUUUUUCAAACGGUUCCGAGUUAAUGUCACGGACGGGCGUUUCUCGGCGGUGGAGCAACAACUCUGUAGCGAGUCUUGUCUUGGGGCUAGAGUUUCGGUUUGCUCCUGCGGGACAUCGGGAGUAGUGGAACUAGUAGCCGGGGAUUAGUUGGCGAAUGGCACGCCUAAAGUGAAGACGACAAAAGUGUGAUCAGCUUCAGUGUUGAGUGGUUAAUAAAGCGGCUUCUGCUGGGAGUGCCCAUAGUGAAACUGAAGAACGGCUGCGAAGAUUCGAGCACAAUGUGUGCCGGACUAGUGAUCAAUUAAGUAAAGGAUUUUAUUAUUAAUGGUGUCUCUUAAAAUAGAGUUUUAGUAAAGAGCAAGGGAAAAUGAAGUUAUUUUUGGGAGUGCUUAGCGGACUACUUGUGCUGAUUAUAGCAGCAACAGAAUCAAAGGAGUUAAAUGAGGAGUCAGACGACUCUGUGAUUGUGGAAGCUAGUCAGCUUAGGCCGAGGCAGCCGCGACAUAUUUGGCUAAGCACGCGAACAACCACAUGGGCACAGGCGCUAGGUGACGGAAGUCCCUGUCUAACGUCGAAGGGACAUCUUGGAUUUUGCACGUCGUUCAGAAAAUGUUAUCCAUAUUUCAAAGUUCCCGAUUUGAGCGUUUGGGAAUCUUGGGUCUUGGGCAACUACGACACUUGUAGUUAUUUCAACGAUCAAGGCAGACAAGCAUUCGGAGUUUGUUGCACUAAUCCCAUUACACCAUUGCCUUCCACGGAAACAUCUACUGAAUCACCAGCUGCGCCUCCGGUGGCUGGAAGUGGAAAUGAAGUUACCGGUGAAAAUCAGAAGAAGCCACCGAAAAAUAACAACUACCCCAGUUGGCCUCCACCAGUUCCAACUCAUCCUCCAGAUCAUACGGCAGCCACCCACCCGCCAGCUUUCACAUCAACAGUUGCUUCUUUAGUGACCGAAGCAACUCCGAGACCAACACCAAGACCAACCAAUCGACCAGGUGGUACAACCUGGCCUACGAAGCCAAGACCGCCAUCGGAAACCAAUCAACCUACAAAUGCACCGAUGGUUUGGCCCCCGCCACUUCCUACUCACCCUCCAAUGCCACAGUUGGAGGUCACUACGUCAAGCCCGGCAGGAAGUCCGGGCGGCGGUGGUGCCAUCAAUGCGGGAUGUGGAACGAAAAACGGAAACCCUGACACGGAACGAAUCGUCGGCGGGCACAAUGCGGAUCCAAACGAGUGGCCUUGGAUAGCUGCCUUGUUCAACAACGGCAGACAGUUUUGUGGUGGAUCGCUGAUCGAUAAUGUCCACAUCCUCACUGCAGCUCAUUGCGUUGCUCAUAUGACAUCUUUUGAUGUUUCCCGCUUGUCCGUGAAACUGGGAGACCACAACAUUCGAAUAACCACCGAAGUACAACAUAUCGAACGACGCGUGAAACGACUGGUGCGACACCGUGGAUUCGACUCCCGAACUUUGUAUAAUGAUGUUGCUGUGCUGACUAUGGACCAACCGGUUCAAUUCUCGAAAUCCGUUAGGCCAAUCUGUCUUCCAACAGGAGGUGCUGACUCGAGAGGAGCCACUGCAACUGUAAUUGGAUGGGGAAGCCUACAAGAAAAUGGACCACAACCAUCCAUUUUGCAGGAAGUAAAUCUUCCAAUAUGGUCAAAUAGCGACUGUAGUAGGAAGUAUGGCGCGGCAGCUCCGGGAGGUAUCAUUGAGUCAAUGUUGUGUGCAGGACAGGCAGCUAAGGAUUCAUGUAGCGGAGACUCUGGAGGGCCAUUGAUGGUUAACAGCGGCAGAUGGACCCAAGUUGGUAUAGUCUCCUGGGGUAUAGGAUGUGGAAAAGGACAAUAUCCCGGCGUAUACAGUCGCGUUACAUCAUUCAUGCCUUGGAUUACGAAGAAUACGCAAGAUACAUGAUUAAUGGAAGAAUUCCGACUAACGGAAUAAUUUAGUGUUGCUUCUUAUUACUGAUGCCAUUUGAAUACGAAACAACUUUGUAAAGAUAUGAUUUGUAGUUGAAUAAAUGCCUGAUUUUUCACAGGUAUAGUUUAUUGCUA